CCUCGCGGUCGCGGCGUGGACUCGCGUGCCCCACGCACGCUCUUCUCCGCUCCUCCAGAGAGAGCGGGAGCGAGCAGAGCACACGCUGCCUGCCGCUCCUGUGCCUGCGGCCUGCACUGCUGCACACUUGUCGUCUCGUCCACUCGGUCCAUCGCCCGCGCCCGCCUUAUCUCCUCCUCCUCCCCCGCCCUCGCUCCAUCAUCCCCACCAACCAGUGGUCACCAGCAGCGCCGCCAUGGCCGCGCCGCUCACGGCCGUCCGUGCCCGGCUGCUCCCGGUGACCUGCUGCACGGCCGCCGGUACCGGCGGGCCUCCACCGCCGUCCAAGAACAGCAGCAACAGGCCGCCGCAUCUACUACCACUACCAACCACCGGCACCACCGCUCCUCCCCUGCUACGCCUGGAGGCGCCUGCGCCGGCGCCGUCCGCCGCCGCCGCGGCGGUGGCAGCGAUGAUGCUGGCGCUGUCGCCGGACGAGGCGCUGGCGGUGGGCGGCGAGUUCGGGAUCCUGGAGGGGCGGAGCUUCGCGUUGCUGCACCCGCUCGUCAUGGGCGGGCUCUUCGCCUACACGCUCUGGGCCGGGUACCUCGGCUGGCAGUGGCGCCGCGUGCGCACCAUCCAGGACGAGGUCAACGAGCUCAAGAAGCAGCUCAAGCCCGCCGCCACGCCCGCCGCGGUGGGCGCCGGCGCGGACUCCUCCUCCUCCUCACCGCCGGCGGCUAGUCCCAAGUCGCCGGUGGAGAUCAAGAUCGAGGAGCUGACGGAGGAGCGGAAGGCGCUGAUCAAGGGCUCGUUCCGCGACCGGCAUUUCAACGCGGGGUCCAUCCUGCUGGGCCUCGGCGUGCUCGAGUCCGUCGGCGGCGCGCUCAACACCUGGUUCCGCACCGGCAAGCUGUUCCCGGGCCCGCACCUCUUCGCGGGCGCCGCUAUCACCGUCCUGUGGGCGGCCGCGGCGGCGCUCGUCCCGGCGAUGCAGAAGGGGGACGAGACCGCACGCAGCCUCCACAUCGCGCUCAACGCCGUCAACGUGCUGCUCUUCGUCUGGCAGAUCCCCACUGGGCUCGAGAUCGUCGGCAAGGUCUUCGAGUUCACCACAUGGCCAUGAGUGAAUCACCACCAUAUAUAUGCUUGCCAUGCGCAUCCUGUUCCUGCGUGCUCAGCUCACCCCUCGAUCGCUCUGCAUGUCUCUUCUCAUCUCUUCCGUUCCGUCCCAUUGCUAAUUACGUACUACUGGUGUAUAGGUUGUUGAUGACUUUUUGCUAGCCGCGCCCGUGUAUGUUGAGUUCUCGAAAUCAAUUCAUUCUCCAUGUAUUACUAGGUUGUUUCCUUGGCCUGUCCAAGUCGAUCCAUGUUCCUUCUUUAUACACUACACGAGAAAUAAGAGCUCGUUUUGCAGCACAAA